GUUGACAGCCUACCGCUCCUCCUAUGAGUGGGACUCUUAAAAUGGUCGGCUUUAGGACCCGGGAGAGCAGGCUGCCACAGAGGCAUUGCAGACAGCGCGUUUGGGAGGUGUAGUGGAAGAAAGGCAAAGAAACGGAGUAAAUGAGAGCACUUUUGUCCAGAUUGUUGAAGGACUUAUCAACUUAAUUUACCGCCGAAACAGCUCACUAUAAUGAGACGGACACAUUGUUGAAUUCCUGCCCAGGUAAAUGUCCGCGUUUCCUUCGCAUGUUUAACUACAAGAGGUCGACAGCUAGACAGGGUAACCACCAUUGAGAAGGAGGCUGUAAACCCCAGGACCUUGUCUCCAGGCUCCUGCACAGAGCUAAAAGAAGGAAACUCCGGAAACAACGCUGUCUCUCUCCCUGUGGGAAACCUGGAUCCUCCACCCUGCCCACCAACAUGACCAAUGUGGUAAUUGUCAAGGAGGGGUGGCUGCAUAAAAGAGGAGAAUACAUCAAGACCUGGAGGCCGAGGUAUUUUCUUCUGAAGAGUGAUGGUACAUUCAUUGGCUACAAAGAGCGACCGCAAGAUGUUGACCAGCUGGAAACCCCCUUAAAUAACUUCUCUGUUGCACAGUGCCAGCUGAUGAAGACGGAACGGCCCAAGUCCAACACAUUUAUCAUCCGCUGCCUGCAGUGGACCACUGUCAUCGAGCGCACCUUCCACGUGGAGACCCCCGAGGAGAGGGAAGAAUGGACUAAAGCCAUCCAAGCAGUGGCUGAAGGCCUGCAGAAACAAGAGGAGGAGAUGAUGGACUCCUCUCCAGACCCCAUGGACAUGGAGGUCUACCUGACCAAACCCAGACAGAAAGUGACUAUGCACGACUUUGAAUACCUCAAACUCCUGGGAAAAGGCACUUUUGGCAAAGUUAUCCUGGUAAAGGAGAAGGCCACAGGACGCUACUACGCCAUGAAGAUCCUAAAGAAGGAGGUCAUCGUAGCAAAAGAUGAAGUGGCGCACACACUCACAGAGAACAGAGUCCUCCAGAAUUCAAAGCAUCCGUUCUUGACAGGACUGAAAUACUCCUUCCAGACACAUGAUCGCUUGUGCUUCGUCAUGGAGUAUGCGAACGGUGGUGAGCUUUUCUUCCAUCUGUCAAGGGACCGUGUAUUCUCAGAGGAGCGGGCACGGUUCUACGGUGCAGAGAUAGUCUCAGCGUUGGACUACCUGCACGCUGAAAGAAACGUGGUCUAUCGAGAUCUAAAGCUGGAAAACCUUAUGCUGGACAAAGAUGGACACAUAAAGAUCACAGAUUUUGGCCUGUGUAAGGAGGGGAUCAAGGAUGGUGCCACCAUGAAAACUUUCUGCGGGACGCCGGAGUAUCUAGCACCUGAGGUGCUGGAAGACAACGAUUAUGGGCGUGCUGUGGACUGGUGGGGUCUGGGGGUGGUGAUGUACGAGAUGAUGUGCGGCAGACUGCCUUUCUACAACCAGGACCAUGAGAAGCUGUUCGAGCUCAUCCUAAUGGAAGACAUCCGCUUUCCUAGGACACUCGGCCCCGAGGCACGCUCGCUGCUCUCUGGCCUUCUAAAGAAAGAACCAAUGCAGAGGUUAGGUGGAGGGCCUGACGAUGCCAAGGAAAUCAUGCAGCACAAGUUCUUUGCAGGAAUUGAAUGGCAAGAUGUUUAUGAGAAGAAGCUGGUCCCGCCGUUUAAGCCCCAAGUUACCUCGGAGACGGACACGCGAUAUUUUGACGAGGAGUUCACAGCACAGACCAUCACUAUUACGCCACCCGGACAAGAUGACAGUAUGGAGUCAUUCGACAGCGAGCGGAGACCCCACUUCCCCCAGUUCUCCUACUCUGCCAGUGGGACGGCCUAAACGACUCUCAUACAUUCCUCCAGUCCCACCAUCUCCCCUCACCCCACCCGACUGCACUCUCAAAAGACCGGGGCCACAGCCCCAUCCUCUCUGCAUUGUCUGCAGAUGCCGUUGGUGGAUGUAACAUUUCCAAUCUGCAAGUUGUGUUUUCCAGGAAGGAGGAAAUUCAAGACAAAACAAAGAUAACUGUGGUUGUUCUGUGAGGACUUUGAAGACUGACCACGGAGAGAGAGUUAACACUGCCCUGCAUCUCCUAGUUGUUAUGUUGUAUACUGAGCAGGCAUCCAUACACCAUAAUGAAUGGGGAAAUGUAGUUAUGUUGUGCACAAAUUAGGCCACUGAUGUGAUUUUUGUAGUUAAAACGUACAACUGAAAAUAAAUCAACCAUUUCAAAUAGAAAUAGGCAUACUGUGGACCAAAACAAUCAUGUGAGCAGAGAGUGUGUUGUUUGUUGAGUGGGUAAUAAAUCCAUGUUUUCCUCUGCAAGACUUCUGAAUUCAGUCCAUUCAGACCUCGAGACAAUUUUGGGUUCAAAAGUGAAUGUACCGUAUCAAAUAAAGUCAAUCUUUCUGCAUACAUACGUGUUGUAACACAUGGCUGAUUCUCCUAAGACUGAAUUACCAUUUUCUGGAGGAUUUUUUUUAAAUCAUUUUUCUACUACCCUGAUGCAAAAACUGACACAAAGCGGUCUGUUGUGCUCUCAUGCUACACCACAAUGAGUGAUGAAUCAAUUGUGCAAUACAGUCUGAUGUUAGGAAUGGAAACAAA